AUGUUGAGCUUUCAAACAAUUGUUACGUCUACUGAAAACGCAUUGAAGUCCAUGCCUCCGGGCUAUUUACCCAAAUGGCUUCUUUUUAUAUCUGUCGUAUCGGUUUUCAACUCAUUGCAGACCUACAUUUCUGGAUUAGAGCUUACUAGAAGAGUUUACGAACGUAAACCUUCCGAAGUAACACCAUUGAGCGCAAGAACGUUUGGUACUUGGACUUUUAUUAGCAGUGUGAUUAGACUUUACGGUGCCCUGUAUCUCAAUGAGGAACAUGUCUUUCAAUUGGUUUUCAUCUCCUACAUUGUUGCCCUACUUCACUUUGGAAGCGAAUUGAUUCUUUUCCGUACUUGCAAGUUUGGAAAAGGGUUCCUUGGACCACUAGUGGUUUCCACGACUUCGUUACUGUGGAUGUACAACCAAAAAGCUUUUUACACCGGCAGCUCGUGGUGA